AUGGGGCCGGAGCAUGAGGCAUCCCCGGAGUGGACACAAAGGGAACGACGUGGGAGGCCCCGAGGCACUUCACCCAAGACCUGCGACCAGGAGCUUACACACUGCAUAACGCCGAGGGAAGCCAUCGCGGCUGCCGAUACGGUGUUGGCAUUUCUUGGCCAGCCCGAGCUGCGAGAAGUGAUGGCCCAGACGGACUGUCUGUCGAUUGUGAGGGUCCGGAGUCGUUUGCGGGAGCAGGUUGAUGUACGAUGUAGUUGA